AUGAUUCUGUUCACUCUUUCCACUGAACAUGUUCGCAAUACCGUCAUCACCAAUGAUCAGGGACAAAUAAUUUACAAGACAGACACUCCAUUCAAACUAGUUGGCGCCCGCACUACAACCAUUCAGAAAAUCAGGCCAAAUAAUGACCGGUAUCAUAUGCAUGACCAGUUCGAUGUCUUGGGAGAGAUCGAGUGGCACACAUUUGUUUCCUCAAAGUUUCGUUCUCGUGGAAUUGAAGUAGAGACGGAGGGGUUCAUCCCCAAGAGAGGUCUAUGGGGUCGGAAGCGCGUCUUCACAGGCCCAGAUGGACGUCCCUAUCGCUGGGACCUCGAGUCCAAAAUGGUAGUUCUUUCACGGGACGAUGCGACUCGAACAGAGGUCGCUCGCUUUCAUAAAGCGACUCUCGGACUUACAGGAAAGAAACGUAAGGCCAUGCUGGAAGUAUCACCUGAAGUGGCUCAUAUGAUGGAUACUGUCAUAAUGACGUUCAUCUAUGUCGAGCAACUCAGGAAGGACAAAGAAGAAGCCUCAAGAAGAGUCGCAGCCUUGAAUUGGCGCUAUCAAAUGGGAUAG